GGAAAUAGUUCUCGGGCGACAACACGUGCAGAGUCUGCCACUGGAGAGAUGGCGGCUGGCGAGUUAACAGAGGCACAUAGACCAGGAGUUUUCAAACAGAAAAACAAGCAACAUAAGCAUGGGAAACACCGGACGAAAGGUGAAACUGAACGGGAAAAUAAAGGACGUGUACCAGUCAAAACCAUUAGUAAGAAACAAAGAAAGGAGCAGAAACGAUUGGAUCGCCGCCACAAAGCCAGACAGCUUCGUUGUAAUAAGAAAGAUGCGGUCCUUACAGAGAAGCGGCAUUUGGGUGGCAAAGAUGGCCCUCCACACUUGGUUGCUGUUAUCGCUUUACAUGCUAUGGUAAAGGUUCAGAGUGUCAUGCGGCUGUUGCAGAGUGAUGAGACUGGCAUACUGCAUGAAAAUAUAGGGGAUUUGCCUGGAUUUGGCUUCACCCUUCCUCGCUUUAAACAGAGAUUGAUUUUCACCAGUCCUAACACAGGUGACCUCCACGCAAUUUUGGAUAUAGCAAAAGUGGCAGACACAUUGCUGUUUGUCCUAGACCCCACUGAGGGGUGGGAUAGCUAUGGUGAUUACACCCUUUCUUGUCUAUUUGCCCAGGGACUGCCCAGCCAUGCACUUGUCACUGUAGGUAUCUCUGAUGUGCCAGUGAAGAAGCGGACAGAGGCACGACGCUUACUGAGCCGACUGGUGGAAGUGCGGUUUCCCGAAUCACGACUCUUCAGUCUUGACUCAGCCCAGGACUCCAUUCUUCUGCUGCGCCACUUGGUUUCACAGAAGCAGAGAAAACUUUUCUUCAGAUCUCGUCGUCCAUAUUUAUUGGCCCAGCAUGCCACUUUUCAACCUGGACCUGGGGCACUUGGCACUCUUCGGGUUUCUGGAUAUGUCCGUGGGCAGCCACUCAGUGUCAAUCGUCUCCUACAUAUUGUGGGUCAUGGAGACUUCCAAAUGAGUCAGAUAGAUGCUUCUCGUGACCCCUUGAUAUUGAAGUAUGUGGAAAACAGAAUCAAAAAAGGUGGAGAUGUGGAAAUGCAGGAUAAUGACACAGUGGAGCCAAUGGAUGAGCAUGUAAGGGUACUGAUGAAAGCAGAUCCUAGCCAAAUUGAAAGUCUGCAGUCCGAAGCAGAAGUGGACCCCAUGGAAGGAGAGCAGACUUGGCCAACUGAAAGUGAACUGAAGGAAGCAGAGGACGCACUUCAUGAAAAGAAGAAGUUAUUUAAGAAGGUGCCAAAGGGAACUUCUGAAUAUCAGGCAUCUUGGAUUCUUGAAGAGGAUGAAGAAGGGGAAGAAUUGUCUGGGGAAGAUGAAAGUAGUGAGGCAGAUGAACAGAUGCAAUAUGAAGAUAUUUUGGAGGAGGUUGACUCCCAGGAAGGUAAUUUAUCUGAAGAAGAAGAAGAAGAGGGGGAAGAAGAAGAUGAGGCAGAAGAAGUUAGCGCUGCAACAGACAACUGCCGGGUUAAACUGUAUGAUGAAAAAAUUGAUGAGCAAGAGGAACAAGAGAUGCUGGAGCGGUACAAACAGGCUCGGGCUGAUGAAAUGUUCCCUGAUGAAGUUGACACACCCAUGGAUACACCUUCUAGAAUCCGGUUUCAGCGUUAUAGGGGUCUCAAGAGCUUCCGAACAUCCCCCUGGGACCCCAAGGAGAACCUGCCCCCAGAAUAUAGUCGCAUCUAUCAGUUUCAGAACUUUGAACGAACCCGCAAGCGUGCCUUUGCUUUUGCUGAAGAAGAACCCGAGGGAGCAAUGGUUGGCUGGUAUGUUACAAUUCAUGUGAAGGACGUUCCUAGCACAGUUAUAGAAAGUUUCCAUGAAGGACAACCACUGGUUCUUGUGUCUCUUUUGCCACAUGAACAAAAGAUGUCUGUACUUCACAUGCUUGUUCGCAGACAUCCUGGGAACUCUGAACCAAUUAAAUCCAAAGAGGAACUUAUCUUUCACUGUGGAUUCCGUCGCUUUCGUGCUUCUCCAGUCUACUCCCAGCAUACUUCAGGUGACAAACACAAGAUGGAGCGCUUUUUACGAUGUGACAUGCCUGUAGUGGCCUCUGUUUAUGCUCCGGUCACCUUCCCUACAGCAGGAGUUCUUGUUUUCAAACAGAGAACAAAUGGAAUGCAAGAUUUGGUGGCAACUGGUUCCUUACUAAAUUCUGAUCCUGACCGUGUAAUUGUUAAGAGGAUUGUAUUGAGUGGGCACCCCUUCAAAAUUAUGCGAAGGACAGCAGUUGUACGUUAUAUGUUUUUCAACAGAGAGGAUGUGCUGUGGUUCAAACCUGUAGAGCUAAGGACAAAGUGGGGACGACGUGGACAUAUCAAGGAGGCACUAGGUACUCACGGACACAUGAAGUGCAUUUUUGACAAUCAGCUUCGCUCCCAGGACACCAUUCUGAUGCACUUGUAUAAACGUAUAUAUCCAAAAUGGACAUAUGAUCCACAUGUCCCUGAAGCAGUCCCAUGGGUGAAGAAUGAAUCUUCAGUGAAUACUGCAGAAAUUGAGAUGGAUUAGAAUACGAAAACCACAAAGAUUAAUGACUCUAGAACGUCUGAGAAGUCUGCUACUGUCUUGCUUAUUCAUGGAAGAACAACAUAUCUUUUUUUUUUUAAAGCAUCAGUAUGGUGCUGUUAUAGUUAUCCCUGCAGCCUUCCACAACAUCCAUAUAUGUCUUUGGAUUUAGGGUGUUGGGUGGGGGUAAAUUUUGAUUUAUACUGCAUAUGUCAGACUAAGUUGAGAUAAUGAAAUAGGGGUUACCCUUUAGAUGAAAUGAGCUUGGAUUGCUUCCUUUCGGAUUACUUUGUACUUAUCAAAGGUAGGUAACUUGACUCCUCUAGCUGUCUGCCAGUUCUUUUUCUCUGCAUGCCUUGACUGUUUGAAGGGUGUGGAUGAAAGCUCUCAUUAUAAAGUGUUAAAAAGAAAAAAAAAACUUAAUAAAGCAAGGGCAUUUGGUCUCUGAUAUUUUAUGGAA